AUGGCUGGAAAAGAGGAGAUGCAUCUUCUGGCCUGGAGAGAAUCUGUUCCCAACUCAACGCUGCCCUCCUUCUCAAGACUUCUAACAGCAUCUUCUGGCCUGGAGAGGAUCUGUUCCCAACUCAACCUAGAGGUUUCUACAGGGGUGGAUGAUGAGGUAAACCUAGAGGUUUCUACGGGGGUGGAAGGUGAGGAGGUAAACCUAGAGGUUUCUACGGGGGUGGAUGAUGAGGUAAACCUAGAGGUUUCUACAGGGGUGGAAGGUGAGGAGGUAAACCUAGAGGUUUCUACAGGGGUGGAAGGUGAGGAGGUAAACCUAGAGGUUUCUACGGGGGUGGAAGGUGAGGAGGUAAACCUAGAGGUUUCUACAGGGGUGGAAGGUGAGGAGGUAAACCUAGAGGUUUCUACAGGGGUGGAAGGUGAGGAGGUAAACCUAGAGGUUUCUACAGGGGUGGAAGGUGAGGAGGUAAACCUAGAGGUUUCUACAGGGGUGGAAGGUGAGGAGGUAAACCUAGAGGUUUCUACGGGGGUGGAAGGUGAGGAGGUAAACCUAGAGGUUUCUACGGGGGUGGAAGGUGAGGAGGUAAACCUAGAGGUUUCUACAGGGGUGGAAGGUGAGGAGGUAAACCUAGAGGUUUCUACAGGGGUGGAAGGUGAGGAGGUAAACCUAGAGGUCUCUACAGGGGUGGAAGGUGAGGAGGUAAACCUAGAGGUUUCUACGGGGGUGGAAGGUGAGGAGGUAAACCUAGAGGUUUCUACAGGGGUGGAAGGUGAGGAGGUAAACCUAGAGGUUUCUACAGGGGUGGAAGGUGAGGAGGUAAACCUAGAGGUUUCUACAGGGGUGGAAGGUGAGGAGGUAAACCUAGAGGUUUCUACAGGGGUGGAAGGGGAGGUAAAUAAUAGUGUACACUACUGAUUCAUGUUUUAGUUUGAUACUUAUUGCUGUAAAGAAUAGUGUACACUACUGAUUCAUGUUUUAGUUUGAUACUCAUUGCUGUAAAGAAUAGUGUACACUACUGA